UUUUUGACGGCAUUCAGCGACCACUGCGAGACAUCCACGACAUGACUCAAAGCAUUUACAUUCCCAAAGGCAUUAACACAACAGCUCUGAAUCGGUCUCUCAAAUGGGAUUUCUUUCCCCAAUACGUUCGCGUCGGCAGUCAUAUAACGGGAGGCGAUGUCUACGGCUAUGUCCACGAAAACACACUCAUUAAGCAUAAAAUCAUUUUACCCCCAAAAGCAAAGGGAACCGUCACUUUCAUCGCAGAGCCCGGCAAUUAUGACUUGAAUGAUGUAAUACUGGAGACCGAGUUUGACGGCGAGAAGUCGCAGUACACUAUGCUUCAGGUGUGGCCGGUCAGGCAGAUGAGACCUGUUACCGAGAAAUUGGCAGCAAAUCACCCCUUAUUAACUGGUCAACGAGUGUUGGACGCCCUGUUCCCCUGUGUCCAGGGGGGCACGACUGCCAUUCCCGGCGCCUUCGGGUGCGGCAAAACUGUCAUCUCUCAGGCGUUAUCCAAGUAUUCCAAUAGUGAUGUCAUUAUAUACGUCGGGUGUGGAGAGAGAGGUAACGAAAUGGCGGAAGUGUUGCGAGACUUUCCCGAAUUGACGGUCGAAGUGGACGGACAGACGGAGUCUAUUAUGAAGCGAACGACACUCGUGGCCAACACAUCCAAUAUGCCGGUCGCCGCUCGAGAGGCCUCUAUCUAUACCGGCAUUACUUUAGCCGAGUAUUUCCGAGACAUGGGUUACAACGUCUCUAUGAUGGCUGACUCGACCUCUCGAUGGGCCGAAGCUUUACGUGAGAUUUCCGGUCGUUUGGCUGAAAUGCCGGCCGAUUCUGGAUAUCCGGCGUAUUUGAGCGCUCGUUUGGCCUCUUUCUACGAGAGGGCCGGACGUGUGAAAUGCAUUGGUAAUCCUGAACGUGAGGGCAGUGUGUCUAUAGUAGGCGCCGUCUCUCCACCCGGCGGUGACUUUUCAGAUCCCGUAACCUCUGCUACUCUGGGUAUCGUUCAAGUCUUCUGGGGAUUAGACAAAAAGCUCGCACAACGAAAACAUUUCCCGUCAAUCAAUUGGUUGAUCUCUUACAGCAAAUAUACCCGCGCUUUGGAUGAGUUCUACGACAGAAAUUAUCCCGAUUUCGUUCCCUAUAGGACUAAG